AUGAACAAGACAAAAGCCUUAAUAACUGGUAAAAAUUGGAUAAAAAAAAUUGCUAGGGAGUUGAACUCACCAGAAGCUGUUGUGAAUUCAAGUUUCUCGGCCUUGAUUAAGUUAAUUCAUCUGAACUUGUAUGGAGUGAAGACAAAGCUAAUUGCCGCUGCGAUUGUCUUCUAUUGCCAUCGUUCAAAAAACGUUCCUAUAUCAUUUAAGGAAGCAGCAGAAAAAUGCAAACUCAAUAAAAAGCACCUAAGACUUCGUUACAACAAGAUUUGCUCAGUUUUAGGGGAACAAACAUUUGUUGAACCCAUUGACUACAUUCCACGUUUCUGCGAGGCCUUAGGCUUGACCCAAGCUGAUACUGUUGCAGCUUCUAAACUGUGCGUAAGAGCGAAAGAUGUUAUGGACCAAUCACAAACAGUUAGAGCAGCUGUAUCUAUAUGGGCGAUCAUAGAAAAAAAUGAAAUCCAAGUUCUGCUGGAAGAUGUUAGUAAAGUUUGUGGUGUUAGUGUAAAAAACUUGACAAAGCACUACAACCUCUUGUACCCAACGUUUGAACAUUUAUUCAAUACUCCACAGACUAUUGAAUAA